GUACCUCAACGUAAACUUCAACCUCUCUAUAUCAGAAAAAAAAAAAAAAUGGAAGUAGCUUUCAACACCAUUCCCGGCUUCGACCACUCCUUCCUCGAUGUCAUCCACGAGCUCAUCGAAGAAACCACCACCGAGAAGUCCUCCGCCUCCGGCGGCGGCGGCCACCACCCUUCCGGGGCGUACCUCCGCGAAGCGCGUGCGAUGGCCGCCACACCCGCCGACGUGAAGGAGCUCCCGGAGGCGUACGUGUUCGUGCUGGACAUGCCGGGGCUUUCGGCCGACCAGGUGAGAGUCGACGUGGAGGAGGACGGGAGGACGCUGGUGGUGAGCGGGGAGAGGAAGAGGGAGAAGGAGAGGGACCAAGGGAUACGGUACGUGAGGAUGGAGAGGCGGCUGGGGAAGUAUCUGAAGAGGUUUCCCAUGCCGGACAACGCCGACGUGGACAAGGUUUCGGCGAGGUAUAAGGACGGUGUGCUGACGGUGACGGUGGAGAAGAAGCCGCCGGAGGAGCCCAAGAAGCCCAGGACCGUUGAGGUGCAAGUUGCGUGAUGGUGGUUGUGUAGUCGAGAAUGUGAUCACAAAGUGCUUUUGAAUAUGGCAACCUAGCUACUAGUAUGUACGUACGUGUUUUUUCAGUUUCGGUGUUGGAUGUACGUAUUAUGGUCCGGUAUGUCCUCUUGAAUAAAGAUGCAUGGUAUAUGUGUUGUAUGUGCGUCCGUGCACGGUAACUUGUAGUUUGUUAUCAAUGUAGUCAAAAAAUUUGUGCUUUAAAACUUAAAAACUUACAAAUUUUACGUUUCUAGGUCACUAAAACGCUUCUAUACAAAAUCUCAGUUUUUAUAACUUAUGUUUUUAAAAACUCAGUUUUAAAAUUUAAAAACUUACAAUUUUACGCUUCUAGAUCACCAAAAUGUUUCUAAGUAGAAAUUCGCUGCUUUUGACUACAUUGUUUGUUAUCAUACAACAAGUUGUAGACGCUCCUUAUUAAUGGUGAUAACAAACUCUAAUUAAUUGCUAUAACUAGCUAGUCCUAAGAAAUACUAUGCUAUAAC